AUGGCUCUCUUUUCUUCCCUCACACCAGUAUUUAUAGCCAUUAUAUGUGUUUUGAUUGGGGUGAUAAUGAAGAAGACGAACGGAGAGAAGGAAAAACGUGACACUAAAAGCAAGCAUCCAUCUCGCCCAUGGGUGGAUGAAGAUUUAAAAGAUGGCACUGACCAUCCCUUAGAAGAAGAAGAGGGUGAGGAAGAGUGGCAAGGACUUGAAGAAAAUGUUGCCCAUGUCCCCUUCACUGGCGAGCGCUACUCUGAGGCUGAAAUGAUUAAGAGGUCACAGGCAUUCUAUGAGCUUCUAAAUAAGAGACGAUCUGUCAGGUUUCUCAGUGAUGAGCCAGUCCCCAGGGAGGUCAUUGAUAAUGUCAUCAGAACAGCAGGUACUUCACCUAGUGGAGCACACACUGAGCCCUGGACCUUUGUGGUCGUGCAAGAUCCAUAUUUAAAACGUAAGAUUCGUGAAAUUGUAGAAGAAGAAGAGGAAAUCAACUACAAAAAAAGGAUGGGAGACAGAUGGGUUAAUGACCUGAAAAGAUUGAGAACAAAUUGGAUCAAAGAGUACUUGGACACUGCUCCAUAUCUGAUCCUCAUUUUCAAGCAGGUAUAUGGGCGGCUUCCAAAUGGCAAAAAGAAGACCCACUACUACAAUGAAAUCAGCGUUUCCAUUGCCUGUGGUAUCCUGCUUGCUGCACUGCAGAACGCAGGUCUGUACACCGUGACCUCCACGCCGCUGAACUGCGGCCCGCAGCUGCGGGUGCUGCUCCAGCGGCCAGCGAACGAGAAGCUCCUGUUGCUGCUCCCUGUUGGCUAUCCCAAGAAGGACGCCACUGUGCCUGCGCUGACACGGAAGCCGCUGGAAGACAUCAUGGUGGUGAUGUGA